UCUUUACCUUCCUUUCAUGUAAAUUUAGAGUUUUUUUUGCUUGUCUCUUUACAUUCCUCUGAGUUCUCCCCGAACUUUAAACUUCUGGGUUUCUGUUAAGAUUCUCUGUUAAGAUUUGCUCUCUGCACGUUGCUGUUGAAUCCAUUUGGUUAGUUUGCGAUGGAGAAAAGAAGUGUUGAAGAUGAACCAGCACUUUCUGGUGCUAAGAAACUAAAAACUGAUUCUUCUCAGAUGUUGAAGACUUUACAUGACCAUCUGAACAUGGUCAUUGAGGAGGUUGAGGUGAAGGAAAAUCAGCUUCAAGCUCUGAGUUUAAAGUUGGCUGAGAUCCAGAAGCAGGUUGAGCAACAAACAGAUAAACUUAAAGCAACAGAGGUUGAAGCAAGUGACAAAGAAAAGGCACUUGGUUUGAUAAGGAACCAGAUCAAGUCGGAAGAGAAAACACUCAUUGAGCUGAGGACGUCGCUGGAGCACACUGGAAACGAACUUGAGCUGAAGAAGGCAGAAUUGAAGAAGACAGGAAACGAAUUUGAGCUGAAGAAGGCUGAACUGGAGCACACUGGAAACGAGCUUGAGUUGAAGAAGACAGAGUUGAAGAACACAGAGAUAAGACUGAGGAGCAGUGUGCUUGUUAAGCACGAGACACAGCCCAUUGCAGCAGAGCCUGAGCUUUCUACUGGAGAUGCUUUUCUGCUUCAUGAACUCUCAACAAUUGGUCUUGAACGUCAUGAAGUAUCCAGUUACCUUAGAGCUAUAUCUAAUCCAGCGAAAUUCGUUCCGGAUCUAGUUGACAGACAGCUUAGAACUGCUUACCGAAGACAAAAGUUGGGCUGCUUACAAGAGUCACUCCUGAAGAACUUGGUUCUGUUUUUAGAGGAGCUGGCAGGAAUUGGAGGAUCAGAAAAACCUCAACUUCAGUUUAAGGCCAAAGAGCUGGCAAGUACAUGGAAAGAGAAUAUAACAAUCGAAGCGCCAAUAUCAUCACUUGAGGCAUUGGCUUUCUUGUUAUUCAUUGUGGCGUUUGGAUUGAAGAGCUUGAUCAAUGAAGAAGAGGCUGCGCUACUUGCCUCGUCUGUUUUUCACUACACACAAGGUCCAAAACUCUUUCAGUUCUUUGGUCUCAAACGUAAAAUCCCAGAGUUUGUUAGAGAUCUCAUAAAGGAUCAUCAAUACAUACCUGCGGUUCGGAUAAUAUGUUUGCUGGAUCUUAAGGACUUCUCAGCCACAACACUCUUAAUGAAAGAGAUCACCGUUUUGAGACACUCUGCCAUGGGAAAAGUUCAAAACAAAUAUGUUGGAAGAUUGAGAGCCAUCGUCGAACUUGUAGCAGAUUACAAGCUUGACAUUGAUCUUCCAGGGGAACUUAUUGCCAAGCUCGUGUUUCUGAGAGAGAACUCAACACCACCUGAGCUCCACUGCUCUGUUGAAGUAGCAGAAGAAACUUGCACUUCCUCAUCAAAUCCAAAAGCUGCUUGUUCAGGCGUUCAUUUUCUGGUCCCUAAACGUGAAACUAAACCCUUGGUGAACCCUAUGUAUUAAAAGGCUACUAGGCUGAAAAUAAUGUAUUAGCUUGUGCUAGAUCUUAGUCUCUCUCUCUCUCUCUCUGUUAUGGCAAGUACCAUAUUUAUUUUCAUAUGCGUAAAUCUAGCAAAGGAAUCGAUUAAUCAUCAUCCUUGUGUUGUUUGGUAAACUUGUUCCACUUCGGUUAUUAUUAAUAUUUAAGCUUCGCACA